GGCCGCGAUCAGUCUUCUUUCGAGCGUCGCAGCGUGCACAUCGAGCCGUUCCUCCUCCUCCACAGCCGCCGCUCAACGCGAUCAGAAACCGAUUCCGAUUCCGACUCCGAUCCAAUCCAGUUCGACUUAGUCUCGCAUCGUUUCGCGUGCGCGAGUGACGUGUUUGAUUUUAAAAAUAUUGCAAGCGCUUUAAUUGAGGAGAAUCCAUAGCACCCGAGCAAGAUGACGGUGGAUCUAUCGCCCGUGCAGGAGUACUACAAGGACAAGACGAUCUUCAUCACUGGAGCGUCUGGGUUCAUGGGCAAGGUGUUGCUGGAGAAGCUUCUCUACUCCUGCCACUCGCUCAAGGAGGUGAUCAUCAUCUGCCGCCCAAAACGGGGCAAGACCCCGGAGACGCGCCUGGAGGAGAUGUUCAAGCUGCCCAUUUUCCAGCGCAUCAAGGAACAGCGUCCGCACAUGCUCAAGAAGGUGACCAUCUACCAGGGUGACGUGACCUUCGAUCUGCUGGGCCUGAGCGGCGACAGCCUCAAGCAUGUGACCGAUAACACCAACAUUGUCUUCCACAUGGCGGCCACCCUCAAGCUGGAGGGCAAUCUGCGCGACGCCGUCGACAUGAACCUGUUGGGCACUCGGCGCGCCCUCAACGUGGCCAAGCAAAUGAAGCAGCUGGAGGCCUUCAUCCAUCUUUCGACAGCCUUUUGCAACUGCGACCAGGAGGUCAUGUACGAGAAGGUGUACGAUUUCCCGCACAAGCCCGAGGACCUCAUGCGCCUGGCCGAGUGGAUGGACGUGAAGACCCUGGACGCCAUCACCCCCGAUCUGCUGAAGCCGCACCCCAACACCUACACCUACUCGAAGCGGCUGGCGGAGCUGCUGGUGCGCGACCACUACGAGUCCAUGCCGGUGAUCAUCGCCCGUCCCAGCAUCGUGUCGCCGUCGGCCUACGAGCCCGUUCCGGGUUGGGUGGACAACCUGAACGGACCCACCGGCCUCAUGGUGGGCGCCGGCAAGGGCGUCAUCCGCUCCAUGCUGAUCGACACGCGCUUCCUGUCCGAGGCGAUCCCAGUGGACUAUGCUAUCAACGGGCUCUGCGUGAUCCCGUACCAGUUCGCACAACUCAAGGAGAGGCCGGCGGAGGUACCGGUGUACAACAUCACGUGCGCCGACCACCGGAAGAUGCCGUGGGGCGAGGUGAUCGAGAUGAGCAAGGAGAUCGGCUACCGCUACCCGAUGGAGGCGGGCCUAUGGUACCCGGACGGGUGCAUAACUACCAACAAGUUCCACCACAACAUCAACGUAAUACUCUUCCACUGGCUGCCCGCCUACUUCAUUGACUUUAUCCUGCUGCUGCUCGGCCAGAAGCGAUUCAUGAUCCGUGUCCAGAACCGCAUCUCGGUUGGUCUCGAGGUGCUGCAGUUCUUCACGAUGCGCGCCUGGACCUUCAAGUCAGAUGCCUACUCCUCGCUCUGGGCCAUGCUCAACGAAGCGGAUAGGAAAAACUUUAAUAUGGACAUGGAUCCCGAGGAGACCGUCCCCAUGUACAUUGAGUCGUGCGUCCAAGGCGGUCGCCAGUACCUGAUGAAGGAGUCGCCCGACAGCCUGCCGCGAGCCAGGCUCCAGCUGAAGCUAAUGUACAUCUUGGACCGCUUCUGCAAGACGGUUAUCGUGGGUUCGUUUUGCUACUGGGUCUACGGCCUGGUGGCCCGUCUCCUGGGCGUCUGAGAGGGCCUGACUGGAGGGAGGUCCAGACCGAGCCCAAUUCCAAUUCAUAUUGCGCGCAUUUCCAAUCAAUCUCCGCUUUGGUUCGCUUUGGGGCACAACUCCGGGGAUACCGGAUCUGGUUUUCAUAUUUAAUUUAAGUGAAUAUCUAUGUUUCAUGUGAAAUAAACGAGAAAACGAGCUAAAAUAAACCUCAAGGUGCGAUGUGUCUGUGUACUGUAGUCUAUGUGUCUGUGCUUAAAGUGUCCAAUUGUGUUGAUCCAGUGCUGAGGACUAUCUGCUCCAGAGACAACACGAACCACAUAAACAGAAACACAACCACUACACGAACACGAUCCACUACAGGCCUACCCCCACAGAACAAUUAGAGUCAGAGACUUCCUUCACACUAUCUCCUGUCCUCUUAUUUGCAUAUCUGUUCACACUCUCACCCCAUAUCAAGGCCUAACCCCACACACUUAAACUCACACUUAAACCCCACUCACACACACAUUAACACUCUAAACACGGCAUCGGUGACCAUCAACCAGGGCUUCGUGGUAUGUAGAGUUUAUCAGAGAAGCUAUUCCCCUUUUAAUUU